AUGGCUCUGCACAUUAACAGAGCUCAAAUGCGAGAGAAAAAGGAAAUUUUGCGGUCGAAAGCUCCAUUUAAAAAGCACUUCGUGACUAAGCAAGGUGGUCCGAGCUCUUCAUCGUCGAGAAAAAAAUUCCUCCACUUAUCGCCGACGCAUGUACUAACACAGGACAAUUUAUCAAUACCGCCAAGUAAGUUUCCAAUUCGUGUCCUAAGUGGUCUUCAUUGCUCAUGUGCUAACGUUGCUAUCUGCAGAAUGCAUCUUAUGUACACUCUCGACGCCGAAGGCAAGCGUGUCUACACCUUGAAGAAGGUCAUGAACGGCGAGGUCACCAAGUCUGCCCACCCCGCUCGCUUCUCCCCCGAUGACAAGUACUCUCGUCACCGUGUCACCCUGAAGAAGCGUUACAACCUUCUGCUCACCCAGCAGACCGGUACGUCGAAUAUCUCCACCCAGAACUCUACACUCCAAAAAGUACCAGCAACUGACAUUUAUCGUUCAGAGACCCCUGUUAAGGCUUAA